AUGGAAGCAAAUAAAGAAGCUGCUUUACAUUACCUAGAACUUGCUGAAAAAGCAAUUCUUAUUAAUGACAACGAACGAGCUGUUCGAUAUUUAAAUAAAUCUAUAGACCUUUUUCCAACACAUAAAGCCAAAGAUCUUCUUGAACGAAUGAACAAUUCAACCUUUGAUUCAAAAAAUAAUAAUAAAACUCAUGAAUCCAAUUCAUCAUCUUCAAAUCAUGAUCAUACAAUGACAAAUGGUACUUCAUCACAUACAAAACAUAGAACAACUUCAACAUCAAAUAACGAUUAUACGUCUGAAGAAGUAGACGCUGUACGAAAAAUCAAAACAUGCAAAGACUUAUAUGAAAUUCUUGGUGUUAGUAAAACAGCAUCUGAAGCUGAUUUAAAAAAAGCUUAUAGAAAAUUAGCUCUCCAAUUUCAUCCAGACAAAUGUAAAGCACCAGGUGCUACUGAAGCUUUCAAAGCUAUUGGUAAAGCAUUUUCAAUAUUAAGUGAUCCAAAAAAACGUCAACAAUAUGAUCAAUAUGGUCAAGCAAUGGAACCACAACAUAAUCAUAGUAGUACCGGUGGACGACAAUAUUAUUAUUAUAGUGAUGCAGAUGAUGAUUUUUCAGCCGAGGAAUUAUUUAAUCUUUUUUUUGGCUAUACUGGUCCAACAACUCGUGUACAUCGACGUCGUCAACAACCAAAUUCAUAUCAUUUUACAACUUAUUCAACACAAAAUACAACACAUACAUUUGUCCAAUUAUUACCAUAUUUUUUUCUAUUUCUAAUUUCAAUUAUUGGAACAUUAUUAGUGAGUGAUCCACAAUUUCAAUUGCAUCCUACUGGAAAAUAUACUAAUUUACGUGAAACGCGAUCGUCAAAGAUUCAAUAUUAUGUUAAAUCUGAUUUUCAGCCACCAAAAACAGAUGCAGCAUUAGAUAAACUUGAAUCAUCAGUUAUCGAUGAAUAUAUAUCUGAUAUACGACAUCAAUGUUAUCGUGAACAACAAUAUAAAGAAUCAAUGAUAUGGCGAGCAAAAAUGAUGAAUGAUAAUAAUCUCUAUCGCCAAGCUCAACAACAAAAAACACCAUCAUGUACUAAAUUCAAUAAUUUUGUACGUAGUUAUGUCUAG